UAUUCGUUUUAUUAGUUAUCCUUCAAGUUGAACAAAACAAAACGAGAUAACUCGCUGAAAUAAAGCGUUCCAUAUUUAUUGUUGUAUUUAGUUUCUUUUGUUACAAAGCAAUGAACACGUUUUCAUGGUUUUAGUUACUGCUGCUCCACGCAAGCCAGUUAUAUUUUCGACGGGCAUCACAUCCGCGUUACAAAAGCUCCUUUUAAUCACUGCAAGCGUAAGAGCAUCGCCAGACCUUGAGCAACCACGAUGCUGCUUUUAAUGACUUUCGAGUCUCAAGUGUUUAUUUUUUUCCGAACGACCGACAAUCAAAGUCACUCUCUUCUUAUUUUGCAGGGUGAAAAAAAAAUUGACUUAUCACAAGUUACCACGACAACACAGCAUUAGCUUUCCUCCGUUGUUAGUAAUUACUUUAGCUACCGAUGAACCUUGGGGCGUAAAUAGGCUAGAACAGACAAAGAGAAGGGAAACUAAGUUAGAAUGAUUGUUCGGCUCGAGCUAAGCACUUAAGGUAAUGCGCAUCUGGUCAGUCUGAUCGAUUUGCACGCCGCUUGUAUGCUGUUCCCAUUGACUGGGAAUGUGCGAUGUGAAACUACGUCAUUCCUCAAUUUCCUGAGUAUAGUUUUUUUUACUGUUUCCAGUUGUCUCAAAUGGCGAGUAACGGAACCGUGGCUUCCGAUCCAUAAUACACCCGCGUGUCGAAAACAGAGGUGCGACAAAGACCAAAAGGUAUGAAUGGUGGUUGUUUUUUUUUUUUUAAUAGUAAUUUCCUCAGAGCAUCCACCCCCUCCCCGCCUCGGCAGAGACCCACCUGAUCGUCUUCCAGCCUUGAGGGGCUGUCAUGCACCUGUGAGUAUAUAAGAGAGCAGAGCUCAUUCAGAAAAUAAGAGAGAACGAGAGAGAGAGAGAGAGAGAGAGAGAGAGAGAGGGAGAGACAUUCACACGCUCCAGAAAAAAAAAAGUGCAAACCCAGAGCAGUGGAGGUGAGCUUGAUAAGAGCUGGAGACCCAAAGAAGAGUCAAAGAGGAGAUUCAGAAGCACAGAACUCAUCUAUAGAUUCAGAAAGAUGCUCUGUCCUUCCUGGCUUUUGGCUGCAGCAGUCUUGUGUUUUCACAGUCCGCAUGUAGACAGCCGCUGCUUGGAUCUGAUGGACUGCAUGGACCUUAAAACUAACGAACAAAAACUGCAGUGUAUCAGACAGUGCAGAUCUGCACAAGAACCCUCCGAUCACGGCAGGGUUUCUUCAUCUGAACGGCAGAACAGCGAAGAAGAGGUUGAGGAAGAGAGCCUGAGUUUGGGUUUGCUCUUAUCGGCUCUGUCUCCUGAUUCAACCGAGCUCCAAGCCUCCACCGGAGAAGCCCCUCACGACGACGAGAGGAGGUCUUACUCCAUGGAGCACUUCCGCUGGGGCAAACCCAUGGGCCGCAAACGCCGACCCGUCAAAGUCUUCACCGGGAGCGCUCUGGACGAGGAGCCAGAGGAGUCGGCGGAAAGCGUCCGCGUCGAGAGAGGCCAGAGCGGCGGGAUGGACCUUCAGCAGAGGAACAACGCAAAGACCAGCGGGAAGUAUCGCAUGACCCAUUUCCGCUGGAACGCACCGCCUGACAAGCGCUACGGAGGCUUCAUGAGGUCGUACGCGGAUCAGUCCCACAAGGCCCUGCUCACGCUCAUACGAAACGCCAUCGUUAAAGACGUACAGUAAUUUAAAGAUGAGGGGAGAACGGACAGAAUCUGCGUCAAAAUAUUGAAAUGUGUAACAUGAAACAUUCAUUUGAGAGAGAAAAAAAAAAAAAACUUGGUUGAACCAAAACAAUAAAAGCAUAAAAUAUUGUCCGAUGUAGAUAAAAAAAAAUAAAAAAUAAAAAUAAUCACUCAUUGAAGUCAGGGUAUAUAUAUAUAUAUACUUUAUAUGCUCGACACCAUCACCUCCGGGAUUUAAAAAGCGAGAAUGUUCAGGAAAGCCAGGUAUUUGUCUACCUGAGAUAGUUUUACUGUAAUAUACUGUACAUGAAAUACAUUAAAAUGAAUUUGCAAUGUU